CACUAAAUCGACGACGUUCGGCCAUUUUGGCGAACAAAAGAUGUUUUUACCUGAGAAAGAAGACGUUUGAUUACAUUCUAAGAAGUUAAUUAUCGAUAUUGACAGGAGACGACCAAAGAUGUCUGUCAUUAUCCGUCUGCAGGGCCUUCCGUGGUCGGCAAGUGCCAUGGACAUCAGGAGGUUCUUCAAGGGCAUGAGCAUCCCACCAGGGGGCGUGCACAUCAUUGGCGGGGAGCUAGGCGAUGCCUUCAUUGCCUUUUCCAGUGAUGAGGAUGCUCGGCAAGCUAUGAUGCUGAAUAUGCAAUACCUGGACCAGGAUCAAAUCAAGCUGUUUCUCAGCAGCAAAACAGAGAUGCAGAAUGUGAUAGCCGCUGCUAAAACCACCAGUGUGGCUGCUGUACCACAAAGCCAGCCACAGAUAGCGGCACAGCCACCAUCCCACCCCAGCAUGCCUGUAAACCCACAUCUCCAGGGCUACCCAGCUAACGACCAGCAACAGGCUGCAUAUCCUAAAAGGGGCCCCAUCUCGGGCCAGGAUCCUACUAGAAGCCAACAAUUCCCAAAUCAUCCUUAUGAAGGACAUCAGUAUCCUCAGUAUCCGGAGGAGCAAGCGACAGCCGAUAUAAAUAGAUUUGCUCAGACACCAUAUGAGCAAGCUAGGGGUCAGCACCAGGCAGCCUUUCCAGACCAGGGAAGAGGUCUACAGCCAGCUGCUCCCUUUGAACAAGGCAGGGGCUCAGAUCAAGCACUCAAUAGGGGUAAUGCUUCACAUCCAGCUCCCUUCAACCAGGCUAGAAGUCUGCAUGAAGCUCCCCUGGAUCAAGGAAGAGGUCAGCCUCCAUUUGAUCCGGCGAGGGAUCCACAUCAGCCUCUAUUUGAUCCAGUGAGGGAUGCACAUCAGCCUCUUUUUGAUCAGGCAAGGGGUCCACAUCAGCCAGCAUUUGAUCAGGCAAGGGGUCCACAUCAGCCACCAUUUGAUCAAGGAAGGGGAACUCAUUUUGAUCAUGGUAAAGGGCCAAAUCAAGCUCCCUCCGAAGGAAGAGGUCCACCAGUGUCUACCUUUGAACAUGGGAGAGAAGGUAGAAUUUUAUCUCGGUCACCAUUUGAAACUGGCCGAGGUGUCCCACCUGCUGGCUUUGGCCAAGGGCAAGAAGGAAGAGACAUAUAUGUACCUGGGCGUGAUGCUAAGGGCCCCCCACCACUAUAUGAGCCAGGAAGGGAGGGCAGGUUGCCUUUUGACCAUGAAAGAGACACAAGGCCACCAUUUGAUCAAAGGCGAGAGGCUGCAACAGGUAGAGAAGACGGGUUUGAACAAGGUCGCGGUCCACCACCUCUGUAUGAACCUGGGCGGGAGGCUAGAGGUCCUCCCCCAGCUGGCUUUGGUCCAGGACCUGCUGCUAGAGCUCCACCUCAGUCUUCUGCAUUCAGUAGAGGAGGAGAGGAGAGACCACCAUUUGAGUCGGACAGAGACUCCCGAGAAGCAGGUCGAGACUCCAGAGCACAAUCUGGAAGUGUGCCUCUAAAAUCAGAUAGAUCCCAAAUAGAUAAACCUGAUGAAAGACGCAUUGGUGAGAGAAAUGAACGCCGUGAUUCUCCACGAGGAUCAACAAGUAGGAUGGAUAGGGAUCGAGACCGGGAAAGAGACAGGGAUAGGGGCCAUGAUCGGGAUAGAGAUCGGGAUCGGGACCGUGAUCGUUACAGGGAUAGAGACAGGGACAGGGAUCGUGAUAGAAGUGAUCGACGGGACAGGGACAGAGAGCGAGACAGAGAGCGAGAACGGGAUAAGGAACGGGAUCGGGAUAGAGAACGGGACAGAGACCGGUCUUAUUCGUCACGAUCUGGUGAGAAUAGAAGAUCUCAGUCGAGGACCAGUGAUCAUAGUGACAAAUCAAAGACAUUGAGCUCAGCCUCUGUCAAAUCAAAAACUGCUGCCCAGCCUACAUCAACGACCACAAAACCUGCAACCACUAUUAGCACUCCAAGUGUUCUGUCCACCGCUGCCAGUGCUAACAAGAUUAUGGCCGCUCUGCCAAAUCUGAAGGACAUAAAGCUGCCUCCGGGCUUAAAAGAUAUAAAGUUACCUCCAGGUUUGAAAGACAUUAAUCUGACAUCUGUGAUGAGCUCUGCUGCUGGUCUACCUACAGCAGCAAACACCCCAGGAAAACCCGAGGCCAGUUCUGUAAUGAAAGACAAAGAGGCAAACUUUGUUGGUCAGCAGCCAGGCAGACCACUACCAGCAAAUAUGGCAGGUGCUCGCAGGAAUGAGCAAGGAGCACCAAAAGGUGUACUACCUCCUCCCCAUCCUGUUCAGAUUUCUCAAGGACCUCCACCACUGCAAAACAGUUUGAGAGACCAAGGACCUCCAUUUAGAGAUCACGGUCCUUCACCUCAUCGUGACCAAGGACCCCCUUUCAGAGAUCAAGGACCUCCUUUUAGAGAUCAGGGACCUCAUGGCCCUUCACCUCAUCGUGAUCAAGGACUUCCAUUUGGAGACCAUGGACCUCAUGGCCCUUCACCACAUCGUGAUCAAAGACCUCCAUUUAGAGACCAGGGACCUCAUGGCCCUUCACCAAAUCGUGACCAAGGACCACCACCAUUUAGAGAGGGAGGACCUCCACCAUUUGGCGACCAGGGACCUCCACCAUUUAGAGAGGGAGGACCUCCACCAUUUGGAGAUCAGGGACCUCCACUGUUUAGAGACAGUGGUCCUCCUCAUGGAGAUCAGGGACCUCCACCGUUUAGAGACAGUGGUCCUCCUCAUGGGGAUCAGGGACCUCCAUUUAGAGAAGGAGGACCACCAUUCAGAGAUGGAGGACCCCCCUUUAGAGAAGGAGGACCUCUCUUUAGAGAUGAUGGGCCACCUUUCAGAGAAGGAGGACCCCCAUUUAGAGAGGGAGGACCACCAUUUAGAGAUGGGGGACCCCCAUUUAGGGAGGGAGGACCACCCUUUAGAGAUGGGGGACCCCCAUUUAGAGAAGGAGGACCCCCAUUUAGAGAGGGAGGACCACCUCAUAGAGAUCAGGGGCCCCAUCAAGGACCACCAUUUAGAGAUCGAGGUCCACCCCCAUUUCCUGAGGAGGAUAGAUAUGGAGAUGGGACUGACGAGGGGAGAUUUGGCCCUAGUGAUGGAGACAUGUUCCAUGAUGAACGACCACGCCCAGGGUUUGCUAACAGACCUCCUUCGGCUCCUGAUAGGCGACCCGACAGACCGUCACAGGGUCUGCUUCCCCUCCCUGAUAUGCCACCCCUGUCAGCUCGUAGAGGCCUAGGGGGUCCAGCUGGAGGACCAGAGGGGCCGAGAGGACCCGAGGACCGCUUUGGUCCUCCAUUUGGUGGACGUCCUCCCCAUGAUGGACCACAGUACGAUCCAAACUAUGAAGAAGGACAUCAUCAAAAUGAGCCUUUUCAUUCAGAUAAUGAAAUGCAACAAAAUAUGGAAUUUGAGGAGCCUGGAGGCAGGCGGCAAGGCAUGCCCCCCAUACCAAAUGGGCCAUCAAUUAGACCCCUUCUGGGGGGCCUCCAUGGGCCUCCCCGGCAUCCAAUGGGGCCUCUCAUGGACCCUGAGGCGAGUGGAGAUUACCAUGAGUUUCCUGCAGAUGGAAAUCAAGGUGAUUUUGAUGAGAGGUCAGGACCAUUUCCUCCUGGACCAAGGGGACCAAGACCUCCACAUUCAAGAUUCGGACCACCAAGAGAUUUGGACCAUCGACCAGCUAAUUUUGAGAGAGAUGGGCCUCCUCACAGGAGGGUCCCAGACCAUCAUGGUCCACCUGAGGAUAUGGUUGGUGACUUUCCUCCAGAUGACAGAAACUUCCGUGAAGACAUUGGUCCAAGUGAUGCAGAUCAUCGACCACAAAGAGGAGGCCCACCUAGAUUUCAUGAUGGCCCUCCACAUGGACGCAGCUUUGGUGGAAGAGAUCGACCAUUUGGACCUAGAGAUGGUCCCCGGGAUGACCGGAACUGGGGACGGAGUCAAGAUUUAUCUCGUUCAGAUAACAUUCGAGAAUCAGAACGAUAUCCACAUGGUAGAGGGAGAGAUUUUAGGGACGGAAGCCCAAGAGAUCGGGGGGAUAGUGAACGGACUAGAGAUUCCAAAGGAAUACUAGGGGAGGCUCCUCCGGGAAUGAAGCCCAUCUCAAGAUCAUUUGAGGAAAGCCGUUCAUCUAGUGGUAGACAGGAGGAUGAAUCGCGUCACAGAGAUUCAAGACAUGGUGAUUUGCGUCACAGUGAUUCUCGACAUGGAGACUCGCGGUACAGUGAUUCUCGACACAGUGAUUCGAGGCAGUCCAGCGAGAGUAAGGACAAUGACAUGAGGGGACAGAAACGCUCUUACAACCCGACGCUGUCUUUCAUUGUUUGUGUGUCUAACAUGCCAUCAACCGUGACUUUCCGGGAAGUGAGACAUUUCUUCCUUGGAUCUGAAAUACCUUGGGAUGGAAUGAAGCUUAUUAAUGAUAAUGAAGGGAAUCGAGUGGGAAAGGCAUAUAUUCGAUUUGAUACACGAGACAAUUACAGACAGGCCUUGAAUGUGCACGGUAAAAUCAUGAAUGGCAGAAAAGUGGAUGUGCGUUCAUGCCCUCUGGAAGAAUGGAACAAAGCUAUUGACUCCUAUAUUCCAAUCAAAGCAGAAAGUAAGUCAUCUGAAUCACAAUCCCCGACAGACUCCUCUAAAAGACCUCGUCUGGAGGACAUUUCUAAAAAGUCGGAGAAAACUGAUCCAAAGUCAUCAAACACGGAUAAAAAAUCAUCAAGCUCUGAUAGCAAGUCUUCAAGUUCAGACAAAAAACCAGUCAGCGUAGAGAAAAAGUCUAUCAGCCCUGAGAAAAAACCUGUGAGUGUGGAGAAACAGAUCACAGACAAACAUCCAACCAAUCCUGAUAAAAAACAAACAGGCUCUGAGAAAAAGCCACCGAGCUCAGAGAAAAAAGGAACAAGCAUUGUACAGCUGAAAGGGUUGGGGAUGAAUGUUAUCAAGGAGGAUGUACGUAAUUUCUUCAAAGAGUUGAAAGUCAGCGAAAAUGCAAUGACCAUAUAUAUCGAAUAUGACGUAAAAGGUCGAGCGACUGGCAUAGGCUUUGUGGAGUUUACAACCGCAUCGGAUCAGGAGAAGGCCCUCAAACUGGACGGCAGAAAGUUAAGUCAGCGAAUAGUUCGUGUAUGUGCAGCCAAGCAGAGUGAGUUGGAUCAGAUGACACAAAGACAGCAAGACCAACUGGCCAAGUCUGCCGAGAUGGACUUUUUUGACGCCCCAGACGUGGGUGGGAAACCUGCCAGUAAACCAGUAAAUAGUGACUCAAAUGUGAACGGAAAAACCGAAGAGGUGGCAACAGAUAAAGACGAUACAUAUGCUCUGUUUCAUUUUUAUUGUGCACACAUGCAGGGCCUGCCUCCCUAUGCAGGCAUACAAGAGAUACAGCAGUACUUUCAGGGACUAGAGAUUGUACCACGGGGGGUUCAGUUUGUCAAAGACUCGGGCGGCAAGUCUUUAGGUGAGGCCUUCAUCGAGUUUGUUACCAAGGGCGAUUGUGAGAAAGCAGUAAUGAAAACAAACGGUAAAAUGAGCAACAACACCAUUUCCGUGAAAGGGAUCUCCAAGUCCGACAUGAAUGAUUACCUUCAACAGACUCGUAUCCCAAUGUCUAGACAUGGUAUGACUCCACGACCGCCUCUUCCUCCAGUAAUGUCUGGUGUUCCUCCUUCUCAUGGCCCACCCUCGCUUGGUCCUCGCCCACAUGGCCCACCCUCUCAUGGCCCUCCGCCUUCUCAUGGCCCACCGCCCAAUCAUGGCCCACCACCACAUGGACCUCCCCAUGGCCCACCUCCACAUCAACUCGGAAGGCGACCUGCAUUCUUUCUGAGAGCACAGAAUCUUCCUUUUACUAUGUCAAUACGUGAAGUACACAGUGUCUUUAAAGAUUUUGAUCCGAUCUACGAAACAAUCAAAGUGCAGAUAGGAAACGAUAGUAAGACGGGAGGCACCUCCGCCAUUGUUGGCUUCCGGACACCGGAGGAGCGGGAUACUGCCUUGAACAAUCUCCACCAGAAGGUCUACCGUAAUAAAACAAUGGUGCUACUGCCGGCAUGAAGCUGAACAGGUCUGUUUGGCUUCCAGAGAUUGUAAGACGACAUAUCGUUACUUCACAGACCAGUUACUGGAGAUUGAGAGGCAGCCAUCUUGUUACUUAACAGACUGUCCGGUUACUGGUGGAGAUUGAGAGGCAGCCAUCUUGUUACUUAACAGACUGUCCGGUUACUGGAGAGUGAGAGGCAGCCAUCUUGUUACUUCACAGACUGUCCGGUUACUGGAGAGUGAGAGACAGCUAUCUUGUUACUUCACAGACUGUCCGGGUACCGGAGAUUGUGAGAUGGCCAUCUUGUUACCAAUAUUACUGUGUUGUGAAUGUCCUUGAGCAAAUGUUGAGUUCUAGAGGUGCUCACUAAAGAAAAAUUGGUUCAGCUCCAAGCUGCUAAAGAUGAUAUACUGUAUUAGUACUAUGACCUUGAACAAAGGUCAUAUUCAACCUAACCGGAAAUGAAGGUCUGGUUCAAUUCUGGAGAUGCACAGGAGAGUUCUAAUUCUCGAGCUUGACAGCUGCUUAAGGCAUUGUUAAAUAUUCAAGUGUGCUGAACCAAGUGUUGUGAACUUAUUCUGCCAAAGUAAGCACGGCUGUGACCUGAAAAUGUGUGAUGUACUGUACUAUCGGAGAAAAAAUCUGAUCCUACCGUGCACGUGUAUCGCCACUUCAGUGAAGUGUGAAAUCCGAGGGAGUCUUGUGUGACUAUAUAGCUAGGUCCUACUAGGCCCUAAUCUUUUGCAGAAAAAGUACAGUUCUAUGGUUGUAAAUAGUGGUGAUGUAGACAUGAAACUGAACUCAGAUUGGAUCCAGUUUAGUUUGUUUCAAACUUUAAUUUGAAACAAAUUAUAGUUGCAAAAUGAUUGACCACAACUCUGUUUUAUGAGUAGAGAUUACCUUUGUGUAAAUAAUUGCUCCAUCAAAAAAGUCAUCGUUGAUCAUACUAAGUCAUUAGUUCUGGAAGGAGAUGUGCAUUAAUUACAUUAAUUACUCUUAGUUUUGUCUUUUAACAUUAAGUUUAAAAACAGAUUGUUAAUAUUUUAACUACUUUUUUUUUUUUAAUUUUUUAAAAACACAUUAUAAUCCCAGAAAGGUGUAAAUAAUAUUAACUUGAGUGAAUUCUCAUCACAGCAACAGUAAUAAUGCUGCACUCAUUGGCCUGGUAGCUGUGAUACACAGCUAUAGGUUCUAGUAACAGUGACGAGAUUUGGAGAUCGCUGGGAUACUCAAGUAAUUUUAUAAAGAAAAGGUUCAAUCUUUCCCCUAAAACAAUGAUUGGGAGGAUCACAUUAGUCGUGGCUAGAUUAACGAGGCUUGACUAUGUUUUGAUAGAGAUUUGAGUAGGAAGGAUUGCUAGGUGUAUUCGUGGUCACAUUUAUAGUAAAUACAAUGUGUAGCUGGUUAUUUGUAUGGCUCUGAAUUUUCAUGAUUUGUACUGAAAUCAAAUUUACACAGAUCCAACUUUUGCUAUCUGGAGAUACGUUUGCAGAUGUUACUGCCUCCUUAUGUAUAACUGGAAGUUACGUAUGAAAGGGUUGUUCUAUUGGACCCGCAACUAUUUCUUGUAUACAUUAUAACAGAGGCAGGAAUAGAAAAGAUACAAGCAUUAAUUUAAACAACAAAAUUAUGAUUGUUAAGAACAUCUUGGAUAAUAAUACGGACAUUUAACACCUAUAGAUCGUCCUUUCUUGUUGACGUCAAAGUACAUCAUGUCUCAGAUGUUACAAGAAAAACUCUCAUUGGCACUAUAUAUGAAGAAAGCUAUGCUGAAUAAUAUCUUAAAGAAAAGUGUUUUUUUUUUUUUUUUUAGAAAUGAAUACAACCUUAAAGCUUAUUUAACAAUAAAUAGGGCAUCUUAAUACAAGCAAUCAAAUAUAUGGCCCGGGCAUCAACGAGCGAAAAUAUCGCCACGAAAAAAACAAGCUACCGGUAUAUGGUGGGUUUCAUGUUAUGCUUACACAUAUUUCGUACUUCAAUUUGCACUGAUUUUUAAGUCCUAAUUAUUUGUUCAUUUUCAUCAUUUUCAUCACAUUCAACAUCAUAUUCUGAUUCAUCAAGGAGCUGCAAGUAUCAUCUACAAUCAGUAAAAUUAAAGCAUCUUGCUCCGAGGGAUUGUCACGGGGAUAACUCUAGCCUUCCAGAGCUGCUAGCAGACACACAAAAUAAAUGCCAAACAGUUGUCAUUCUACUAUCAUCAAAAUCCUUCUCUGUAUAACUCGUACAGGUAGAACAGGAUGAAGUGACUAUUUUUAUCACCUGGGGAUGUGAUACAAGUUUUACAAAGUAUAUAGUAAAUUCUAUACGGGCCAAUCGAUGGUAUUGAUUGUGUAAUAUUAUGCUGUCAACAUGAAUAUUUCUGAUAUACAACGCUGUCCACACGACAAACUAAGAGUUGCAACUUCAACUUCGCAACUUCAUAAUUUUAACACAACAACACGAAAACAGCACCAAAUGAUAUCAAAGCUGCAUAGUUGUUAGUUUACAGCAAAUUUUAUUGAAAAGCGUUCAGUUUGAGUGUUUAUAAUGAAGCAGCACAUGGUUACUGUAUUUAUUUAUACUCCGUACUUAAAGAUUCGUAUUUUAUCAUGUUACAGAUAUUUGAUGUAAGUAGUUUUACUCUAUUUAAUGAUGUCCUUACAUGUUUAUGUAUUUUGCAAAAUUUGGACAAAUUUCCAACAUACUUGGUAACACCAACAAGGAAAUCGAAAUUUGACUUUUAAUUUAAAUCUUCCCACAGCCGGAGAAAGCUCAAGGUCAUUAACAGUUUCACAUGUAGAGGAUUCACAACUGUUGGGCUAGAUUUUCGAAUCGGUUCGAUAGUGAUACUAUAAGCUUUUUACUUCGUCACUGUGCUGUUGCAGCUUCUGUGAGAACUUUUCCCCCGAUUGUCCCAGCAGAUUUUUGUCAUCCUGUUAUCAUUGUUCCAUCAUGUACGACCGUGUUCGAUGUGAUUAUUAAAUUUAAAUAUUCUA